AAAGAGAGAACCCUGUUUCACCCCCUGAAACUGCCAUCAAAAUCCAUCACAAAAAACUGCCCUGUGGAACAAACCCUUUGGCCUCAUAUCUGUACCUUCGUUGGCAGUGGCACCACACCCCUACGACUCUUUCCUAUUUAAUCCCCUCAUUCACCCAAUUUUUAAGUCACCAUCACCAAAAUUCAAUAGCAGAUAUUUCACUAGGCAAUGGCAUCAUCAUCAAGAAGUGGUGUGGAAUUCAGGGACUUCUUCCCGUCGAUGGUGGAGAAACUGGGCGCAGAAGGGUUCGUGGACGAGCUGUGCAACGGGUUCCGGCUGUUGAUGGAUUCGGAGAAGAGGGUGAUCACUUUCGAGAGCUUGAAGAAGAAUAGCGCGGCCGUGUUGGGGUUGAAGGGAAUGGGUGACGAGGAGCUAAUGUGCAUGAUGAAAGAAGGGGAUUUGGAUGGCGACGGGAGCUUGAAUGAGAUGGAGUUCUGUGUUCUCAUGUUUAGACUUAGCCCUGACCUGAUGAAAGGGUCGAGAAUGUGGCUAGAGGAAGUUAUGAAGAACAAGAUGUUUUAGGCCCUUCUUUGUUUGACUUUUUUGCACAAGCUGCUCUGUUUCUGUGUUUUUUUUUUCUAGUUCUUGGAAUGUGACCAUUUGUUAGUUUUCUCUUUCAACGUUGGGGUAUGAAGAUCAUUACUGCCAAACUA